AUGUGUGGUAUUUUCGCUUGUUAUAAAUGCAAAAACGUUGAAGAUUUUAAACCAAAGGCUUUACAAUACUCUAAACUAAUAAGACACAGAGGUCCAGAUUGGUCAGGUAAUGUUAUUGCCAACAACAACACUAUCUUGUGUCAUGAAAGAUUGGCCAUUGUUGGUUUAGAUUCCGGUGCUCAACCAAUUGUAUCUCCUGAUGAAAGAUAUGUAUUGGCAGUUAAUGGUGAAAUUUAUAACCAUAUUCAAUUAAGACAACAAUUCCCCGAUUACAAAUACAAGAGUUUGAGUGAUUGUGAACCUAUUAUCCCCCUCUUUGAAAAGUACGAUAUUGAUGCUCCUAAAUACUUGGACGGUAUGUUUGCUUGGGUAUUGCACGAUAAAAAAACCGAUAGAAUUGUUGCUGCUAGAGACCCCAUUGGUAUUACUACGUUGUACUUGGGUAAAUCUUCCAAGUCACCAGAAACGAGAUUUUUUGCCUCUGAGUUGAAGUGUCUUGUUGAAGAAUGUGAUCAAAUUGAAGCUUUCCCACCAGGACACAUUUAUGAUUCAAACACUGACAAGAUUGUUAGAUAUUUUGAACCUUCGUGGUGGGAUGGAUCCAAAAUCCCCACUACUCCAGUUGACUACACCAAGAUUAGAGAAACUUUGGAGUUGGCCGUGAGAAAGAGAUUGAUGGCUGAAGUUCCAUAUGGUGUCUUGUUAUCAGGUGGAUUGGAUUCCAGUUUGAUUGCUUCAAUUGCUGCUAGGGAAACGAAAAAAGCAUACACUGAAGCCAUCAAAACCCAUGAUCAUGGUAUCGACGCCAACAAGGAGUUAUCGGGUGUUGACGUUUCCGGUGAAUUGCACUCUUCAGUCGGUGUUAACCAAUUACACUCAUUUGCUAUUGGUUUACCUGGUGCUCCCGAUUUGGUUGCUGCUGAAAAAGUGGCACAAUAUAUCGGUACUAUUCACCAUUCACAUACAUUCACUUUGGAAGAAGGUAUUGAUGCUCUUGAUGAUGUCAUUUACCAUUUAGAAACUUAUGAUGUUACCACCAUUAGAGCAUCAACUCCAAUGUACUUGUUAUCUAGAAAGAUCAAGGCCCAAGGUAUCAAGAUGGUUUUAUCUGGUGAAGGAUCCGAUGAAAUUUUCGGUGGAUACUUGUACUUUGCCAAUGCUCCAAAUGCCGCUAGUUUUCAUGAAGAAUGUGUCAAGAGAGUCAAGAACUUGCAUUAUGCUGAUUGUCUCAGAGCCAACAAAUCAACCAUGGCUUGGGGUUUGGAAGCCAGGGUUCCAUUUUUGGAUAAACAGUUUUUGGAAGUUUGUAUGAAUGUUAACCCUGAAGAUAAACUCAUCACUAAAGAUCACAUUGAAAAAUACAUUUUAAGGAAAGCAUUUGACACCAAAGAUAAACCAUAUUUGCCUGAUGAAAUCUUGUGGAGACAAAAGGAACAAUUUUCUGACGGUGUUGGAUACUCAUGGAUUGAUUGUUUAAAAGAUACCGCAGAAAAGAUGGUUUCUGAUGAAGAUUUGCAAAACCCUAAACCUGAAUGGGGUGAUGAUAUCCCACAAACUAAAGAAGCUUACUGGUAUAGAUGCAAGUUUGACAAGAUGUUUAACAAAUCAAAAGCUGCUGCUUCAACUGUUAUGAGAUGGGUACCUAAAGCUGAAUGGGGUUGUCAUUCUGAUCCUUCGGGAAGAUACGCAUCAACCCAUGAUCACAAAGUUGACAACAAAGAUUAA